CAACACGCGCGGAUGACGACGUCGAUACAAGCACUCCUGGGAAAGGACAUCGGCGCAUGCUACUCGUACAGCACGAUGAACCGAGUGCAAGAGCGUGUGCUACCUGCUGCUUUCAAGAACGGCGGAAACCUCGUGGUGAGCAGCCCGACAGGGUCAGGCAAGACGAGUGUGUUCGAGGUCGCGUUUCUUCGCCAUUGGAGCAAGCAGCGGCAGCACGGAUGCGAGGCCAAAUCUGGAUUGGUGUUGUAUCUUGCUCCACUCAAAGCAUUGCUCCACGAAAGAUUGGUCGAUUGGAGCAAACGAUUCAAAUCCUUGGGCUUGACUUUUCUUGAACUUACCGACAUGACCUUUGACGAUGCUCAAAGCAUAAUGAGCCAUGAUAUUCUUCUCAGCACACCAGAAAAGUGGGACGUCUUAACUCGAAGCUCGAUGGUACCUCAAGGCUUGCUCCUGGUAGAUGAAGUUCACCACAUUGGGGACGGCGUACGCGGAGCAACAUUAGAAGCCGUCAUGACGCGUAUGAAGUACUGCAGCACAUUCACCUUCAGCCAAAACGAAGGGGUGCUGCUUUCGUCGCUACGAAUCGUUGCUGCGUCGGCUACGUUUCCAAAUGUCAAGGACAUUGGUGCAUGGCUUGGCUGCAGUGCAGAUAUGGUUUUCGAGUUUGGUCCACAAUAUCGUCCAGUUCCCUUGGAGCUGCAUGUCCUUGGCUUCAAGUCGUUUGGCAACGAUUUUCUGUUUGAAAAAAACUUGGAUCAAAAAGUCCCUGAUGUGUUACACAAGUACUCCAAAGGAAAACCAUCGCUCAUCUUUUGCUCGUCGCGCAAGGCAUCAGUUGGACUUGCAAUGUACUUUACAGUAGCACUCUCAUCAAUUGUACAGAUUCACAACACGUCACUGAAAAUGGUGUUCCAAGCUGGAAUUGGAAUUCAUCAUGCCGGAUUACAAGAAAACGACAAGCAGCUUGUACAAGAUUUAUUUGCGCAAGGAUUCCUCCACAUAUUGUGCUGCACCAGCUCGUUAGCAGUCGGCGUCAAUUUGCCAGCACACCUCGUCGUGAUCAAGUCGACACAGCACUACCAAGGUCAAUCAGGGUUUACAGAAUACACCCCGAUGAGCGUGUUGCAAAUGAUUGGACGAGCGGGACGUCCAGGGUUUGACAAGUGUGGGGCUGCUGUUAUUAUGACGGAAGCAUGCAAAGAAAGCCUCUACGCGAAUAUCGCCACCACCCCCAAAAUUGCACCGAUUGAAAGCGAGUUGCAGUUGGCUGCAAUCGAAGCAAUCAACGCGGAAAUCUCCCUGGGGACGAUUCAUGACAUUUCGCAAGUGAUUUCAUGGAUGCAGUUGACAUACAUGCACUUUCGACACCAAAAUAGUUCCCGUGAAUGUUCUGGCUCACGACAAAGCGACGUGGCGACGUCGAUUGCAACGACGACCAUCCACCACUUGAGUGACUCUGCGCUUCUGCGUUUCACCGACGACGAUCGGUAUUGCUUUGACGUUACGCCUAGUGGUCGGAUCAUGAGCCAGAAUUGCAUCAAGUACGACGACAUGGUAGCCAUUAUUGACCUAGUUCAAUCGAAACGACACGCGUCCAUGGAAACGCUGUUGGACGUGACGGCAGGUCGGAUUUGUGGCCACGUUCCUUUGCGCAGAAACGACAAGGCCGCCUUGAACAUAUUGAACCAAACCAAGGUGCAAUAUCGAGUCAAAGGGGUGGCGGCGGGGAAAUACUUGGUCCAAACCGACAGAAUGAAAGCCAAUGUACUGCUGCAAGCAGCGUUAGGUCGUGUCCAUCUGGACGACGAUUCUCUUGCUUUUGAAAUGGACACGUGCGUUGAAAUGGCGCUGCGAAUCGUUCGAGCGCUGAUGGAGUAUUGCAUGGAGAGUGACGCUGGGGCUUUGGGACUGAUGGCGUUCCGAUUUGGGCGGUCGUUGGCGUUGAAAGCGUGGGAAAGUUCGCCAGCCCCAACGAAAUUGCAACUCCUCGAAGGCGUGGAUUCGGACCUGGCCCAAAAGCUGGAUUCUCAUGGCGUUCACAGUAUUCGUCAACUCCGCGACAUGGAUCCAACUCAAUUGGGUCGAUAUUUAAACACUGGGGAUUGCGAGCAUCUGCUCGCGGAAGCCAAAACCGUGUUGGAUUUUCACCUUCAAGUUCAGCCACAAGUCAUCACGAAUCGAAUCGAGAUUAUAGUGCAGAAUGCCCAGCCACGACAGGUCCAUCGUAUCACGGAACGUGCUGCUCCAAGCGGCUACAUCCUGCUCGUCUUCACAAAAGGUCGUAUAUUGCUGCUGCGGCGGGAUAUUACGACAACCCCAACGACAUUUAUGGUACCCAUGUCUGGCAUGAGCUCCAUUUCAAUCCACUUUCUGCACACUGCCCAACUGGGAAUGGACGAAGAACUGGAAGUUCAAGCCACGGCCACCGCCUGCACCGUCCAAAAGGUCACCAAACAAUCGUUGCAUCAAUGUACGAUCCCUGAAGCGUUCAAACACGGUCGCCAUGACGAAGUUCAACGGACCAAACGUUCGGCUAAAGAGGAGGAUACGUCCAAGAAGGCGUUCCAUCACCACCAAACCAUGUUGGAGCCAGCGACCGUCAUACCACGGGAUGAUCCGUCUACCACGAAGCGAGCUAAAUUAUCCACGCCGUCGCUGGUAGAAUUCAAGCAAUUUAAAUGGUGUGGAAGCCCCGAAGUUGCGGCUGUUGGCAAGUCAACCAAGUCCCGACGGCAUCAUGUGAUUCCGGACUUUGAAGAACCCUCCAAGGUGCUACUAAGCAACGGAUUGACAAACCAUCCGCCCUAUCAACGUCGAGAAGGUUCAUCCAGCAAUAUCAAUAUCCAGCAUGUGGAUACGGAGAGACAGCAAGGGCUCUCCUGUGCAAGCAGUUCCAAGAAUGCUAACGACGUCAAGAACGAUGGGGCUGACGUGCACACGAUUCCCAUGAUCGACGACUACGAGGAAUUGACCCUGGAGCAAGAGUUUAUGAAGUACAUCUUCUAA